UCUUUUUCGAUAUAUCAGUUUAUACGUUCCUUCAUAUCUCUAUCCCUUCAUAUGAUGGCUUAAAACUUAUUACAAAAUUGAAAUUAGUUUAAUAAUUGACACAGAAUGUAGGAUUGCAGGUAAGCGACGAAUUCAUAGAAUAGAUGCAUGGAAAUACAAUUAUUUAAGCGUUACAAAUUUACAAUAGCUUCGUGGAAGCUGUUAUGUUAAUAAUUACUUACGCUGUUAAUUUCUUUUUGAUUUGUUCUUUGCAACUAGAAUAGGGCUUGAAAAAUUUUCUAAGCUUUUAAGCAAGAUAGAGGUUUUAAAGCUACCACAUUAUCAGUUCUAGCUAUGUCGCAGAUAAUUCAAUAAAAAUUUCAUUCAAUCAUUCAUAAACCUGCUAUAUUUAGUUCCCUUCUGCUUUUCAUUCAGUUGAAAUGUACGUGUUAUUCUUAGUUAUUAUUCAAUGCUUUUUUCUUUCCAAUGGUCAAUUUAGUGAGUUUUGUUAAAUACUGUUACACAUGUACAGAUAGUUAUGUGCGUUUGAUUGCUUUAUUAAAUUUAGGCGAAUGUGAAACGGAUUUAUUAGGGCAGGGCUGGUGCGUAGCUGAAGACAAGUGCAAACUUAUGGAAGUGCUUAAAAAUGAACAUAAGGCGCGCUUACGAUGCGGUACUCAGGAUAAUGGAAACCUUUACUGCUGUCCGCAAUGCCUGACAAAUCGGUCACAAGUCACCAGUGAUAGCGCUCGAACCGACGAUCGUUCGUCGCGAAACACUCCGAUAACAUGUGGCCAAAUGUUGGCGCCACGCAUUUCGGGUGGCACCAAGACCAGCAUAGCUGAAUUCCCUUGGUCUGUUUUAAUCGAACAUGUUAAAGAAGACGGUACGAAAGCCCACUUCUGUGGCGGUACUUUGAUAGCGACCAAAUGGAUAUUGACCGCUGCUCAUUGCGUUAGGGAUCCAUAUGCCAAGAAUCUUCAAAUAACUGCUGUACGUUUGGGUGAAUGGGACACCGAUACCAAUCCUGAUUGUCAAACCGACGUACGCGGCAAUCAAGACUGCGCUCCUCCUUACGUCGAAAUAAGUGUCGAUAGAGUUUUGCCGCACGAUUCAUUCAAUAUGUCUCUAAAUGGAAUACGCUUUGACAUAGCUUUACUGCGUUUAUCUUCUCCCGUAACGUAUACAGAUUUUGUUCGACCAAUUUGUAUACCGUUAAACGAUACUCUACAAUCUUUGGAUUUUAUUGGUUACUCGCUAAUAAUUGCUGGCUGGGGUCAUUAUAAUUCGGAAAAUGUUAUGAGCAAUGUACUUCAAAAAGCUACCGUCAACGUUGUACCGCAUCGAAAGUGUGAUUUACAAUUUCGUAAAUACUACAUUGCAUUAAGUAAACAAGAGAUUUGCGCGGAGGGAACGGGAAUAAUAGAUACAUGUUUGGGUGAUUCAGGCGGCCCAUUGAUGUACGAAGAUUAUGGUAUGCAUAAAACUGCUCAAUGGUAUUUAGUUGGUAUCACUUCUUUCGGUAGAAGCUCGUGCGGUACCGGCUCUCUACCUGGCAUUUAUACUCGUGUUAGUGAGUAUAUAGAUUGGAUAUUGAAUACUAUAACAAACAAUUUAAAUUAGAAACAAAAUAAAUAUAUACAAAAAGUAUAAAAGUACAAAAUUAGUCGCACCAAGCUUAGCGUAAUAACUGUCAUUCAAAUAUAAGCUAAAGUGCAAUUAACAACGAACUCAAUUUGUGUAAUAAAUAAAUUUCAUCUAUUUGAUCUGGGUACGUUACGGUGUGACAUAAUGCUGUUGGGCAUUUCCAAUUGCUUUUUGAUAAAGACUAAUUUGUAAUCAUUGUAAUCAUAACGAAACACAUGGUGUCUCCAUUUGAUUCUAUAUAUGUAUGUAUACGUAAUUCAGUACAUUCUAUAGAUAAUUGCAAUAUACGUCGCCCUCUAUGUCUGCUGUUUUUGAAAUUUCAUUAAAUUUAAA